CUCCUCGCAUCAACGCCGCAUGGGUGGUGGUGUUGUGAACCGCGUGUCUGUCUGUUGUGAGCUAGCACGGUCUUGCGAUAUCUUUCUACACAGCAGCAGCAGCAGCAGCUGCUGUGAUCCUCCCCCCGUCUCCCCCAACGUGACUCCUCGCCCCUUCUCGCCGCUGCGCUCGUGAACGCGGCUGGUGGCCGCCUGCUUGCGACGCCGAGAGGAACCAGAGUCAGCGCUCGCAACGUGAAACCACCGCGCGGCGCCCGUGGCGGUAGGCAAAGUGGAGCCCGCACCAAAGGGGCGGGGGGGGGAAGACGGAAAUGGCGUUUGCCUCUAACGAGAGGAACCCCCCCGCUGGGGGCGGAGGCUGCGAGGCUGAGCGAGCCGAGCCCGUUCGGGGCGCGCAGAUGUCGGCCGCGCAGUCUCGCGGUCCGGAGCGAAGCUCUGCGCCCUCGACUCCCGCUCGCCCGUGAUGACUUCAUCCGGCGCGCAUAGCGCGUCCGUGCCAGCCUAUCACCACCAUCACCACGAUUACUCCUAUCACCACCACUAUUACUACUAUCACCACCACCACCACCAUCAUCAUCAUCACUGUCGUCAAGCCCUGAUGAGUAACAGGCGCGGAUAAAACACCGGCCGUAGUCGUCUUUUAAGAGCAACAGCGUCAGUAGCAGUAGCAGCAGCAGCGCGCGUGUGUUUCGCGAGUUUAUGUUCGAGGGAAAGGGGGUGAAUGAACAAUAGCAGCUGACACAACCACAACAUCAAGCGCCACAACAAGACGUGUAAUUGGCUGGACGCGCGCCUAGUUUAUCCCUCCUCGCCGCUCUCUCGCUCUCGCGCGCUCUGGUUAAGUUGAUUCAUUAUUUCCACGACCGCCGUUCGAGGAAGAGAAAGGAGACGACCACAGUUCGUGUGCAAGAUGCCCGUGCGGCGGGGCCACGUGGCGCUGCAGAACACCUUCCUGGAGACCAUCAUCCGCCGAUUCGAAGCGCAGAACCGCCGGUUCGUGAUCGCCAACGCGCGCGCCGAGAACUGCGCCAUCAUCUACUGCAACGAUGGCUUCUGCGAGCUGUGCGGCUUCUCGCGCGCCGAGGUGAUGCAGCGCGCCGGCACCUGCGACUUCCUGCACGGCGCCGACACGCGGCGCCACGCCGUGGCCCAGGUGGCGCGCUCCCUCCUCGCCGCCGAGGAGCGCAAGGUGGAGCUGCACUACUACCGCAAGGACGGAUCGUGCUUCCUGGGCGCGACGCACAUCAUCCCCGUGAAGAACGAGGAGGGCGAUGUUGUCGUCUUCAUCCUCGACUUCGAGGAGGUGUGCGAUGCCGAGAGCCCGGAGCUGGAGAGCCGGAACCAGCGCGCCAUGGGCUGGGCCAAGUUCCCUACGUAUUCUGGGCUGCCCUUCCGGCUGGGGCUCCCGUCCCUCCGCGCGCUCUCCGGCAGCCGGCGCUCGCUGUCCCGCCGCGACCCCGAGGCCGCGGUCGCUUCGGCCCUGAGCGGCGGCGGCGGCGGCGGCGGCGGGGAGAGCCCCGAGUCGAUGGCCAUGGUGGCGAGCGUCAGCCGCCACCGCUGCUCCGGCAAGGGCUCGGACGCCGAUGUCACCACGCCGCUCAACCUCAGCCCGGACGCCGUACCCACGCCCGGCGGACGGAAGACGGCGGCGGCGGCGGCCGCGGGAGAGGAGUCCGGGUCGCAGGCCGAGAUGGAGGUGGGGCCCUAUCCGUUCCUCCGCUGGAACCGCGACCGCCUCGCCGUGGGCCAUCCCCUCAGGGGCUCCAGCUCCAGCCUCACGCGCUCCAGGUCACGCGAGAGCGUGCGGAGUUUACGACGAGCUUCCUCCGUCGACGACGUGGAAAUUGGGGCGUGGGGCGACAGGGUCAAACGGAGCUUCCACACCCGCCACUCCAGCUCCGUGGGGGCGGCGGAGGGCGGCACGGGCAACCACGUGAAGCCGCCGCUGCUCAACUCGACGUCCGACUCGGACCUGAUGCGCUACCGGGCGCUGAGCAAACUCCCGCAGCUCACGCUCAACUUGGCCGAGCUGCACACGGGCGCCUCGCCCGUGUCGCCGCCCACCUCGGAGCGCCGCCUCAUCGCCCCGCGCGUCAAGGAGCGAACGCAGAACGUCACCGAGAAGGUCACCCAGCGACAUGCGAAGAGCGAAACCGCCUUUCCCAUUGUGGAGCUUCCAGUCACGGCACUAGACUCGACGCUGCAGCAGGUCCUCUCUCUGGGAGCUGACGUCCUUCCCGAGUACAAACUUCAAGCCCCACGCAUCCAGAAAUGGACCAUCCUCCACUACAGCCCCUUCAAGGCCAUGUGGGACUGGCUCAUCCUGCUGCUCGUCAUCUACACCGCCGUCUUCACGCCUUUCUCUGCCGCCUUCUUGCUCAACGACCCGCAGGUCGACCGGCAGCGGCAGGGCUGCGCCUACGCCUGCGACCCCCUGAGCAUCGUGGACCUGCUCGUGGACAUCAUGUUCAUCGUGGACAUCCUCAUCAACUUCCGGACGACGUACGUCGACGACAACGACGAGGUGGUGAGCCACCCGGGCAAGAUCGCCAUCCACUACUUCAAGGGCUGGUUCCUCAUUGACAUGGUGGCGGCCAUCCCCUUCGACCUGCUCAUCUUUGGCUCAGGCUCCAAUGAGACGACGAUCCUCAUCGGGCUGCUGAAGACGGCGCGACUGCUGCGGCUGGUGCGCGUCGCGCGCAAGCUGGACCGCUACUCGGAGUACGGCGCCGCCGUGCUCAUCCUACUCAUGUGCACGUUCGCGCUCAUCGCUCACUGGCUCGCGUGCAUCUGGUACGCCAUCGGCAACGUGGAGCGCACCUACACCAUGGAGCAGAUCGGCUGGCUCUACGCGCUCGGCAAGCAGAUCAACAGGCCGUACAACGCGACGGACCCGGCGGCCGGCCCGUCGGUGAAGGACCGCUACGUGACGGCGCUCUACUUCACCUUCAGCAGCCUCACAAGCGUCGGCUUCGGCAACGUGUCACCCAACACCAACUCGGAGAAGAUCUUCUCCAUCUGCGUCAUGCUCAUCGGAUCGCUGAUGUACGCCAGCAUCUUCGGCAACGUAUCGGCCAUCAUCCAGCGGCUGUACACCGGCACGGCGCGCUACCACACGCAGAUGCUGCGCGUCAAGGAGUUCAUCCGCUUCCACCAGAUCCCCAACCCCCUGCGGCAGCGCCUCGAGGAGUACUUCCAGCACGCGUGGUCCUACACCAACGGCAUCGACAUGAACAUGGUGCUCAAGGGCUUCCCGGACUGCCUGCAGGCCGACAUCUGCCUGCAUCUCAACCGGACGCUUCUGGAAAACUGUAGGGCCUUUAAGGGCGCCAGCAAGGGCUGCCUGCGUGCCCUCGCGCUCAAGUUCAAGACGACGCACGCACCCCCCGGCGACACGCUGGUGCACGCAGGGGACGUCCUGCGAGCGCUCUACUUCAUCUCACGCGGCUCCAUCGAGAUCAUGCGGGAGGACAUCGUCGUCGCUAUCCUCGGCAAGAACGACAUCUUCGGCGAGCCGCUGGAUGUGUGCAGCAAACCCGGCAAGUCCAACGCGGACGUGCGGGCGCUCACGUACUGCGACCUCCACAAGAUCCUGCGUGAGGACCUGUGCGAGGUGCUGGAGAUGUACCCCGAGUUCUCCGAGUGCUUCUGGCGCAACCUGGAGAUCACCUUCAACCUGCGCGACGUGGACAUGAUCCCCGACUCUUCCAGCGAGGACUCGGGCGGCAGCGGGGAGGGCGCGGCGUCACGGCGAAGGAGACGGCGGCCGUCGCUGUGGAACAAAGUCGGCCUCGGGAAACAAAAGAAGCGGAUCGAGGAUGACGAUAGCGACGUGACAUCGCGGACGGACGGCCAGACGCGGAACUGUAACCACCGGCCCAAAGCGCAGCAGGCCCGGGGGAAGCGCACGGAGGUCGGGGACGUGAGCUUCUCCUCGCCUGGGUCGAGCAGCCGGGCGCAGAGGGUGGCGCGGGCGUCCACGCAGCUCCUGGAGCUGUCGCCGUCGCCCAAGACGGGCACCGUCAACGGCAACGCAGACGGCUUCUCGACGCCCGCCAGCAAGGACCCCUUCUCCAGCGGGGCCAUCUCGGGCAGCCGCUGCAACCUCCUUGCCGAUGUCCCGGAGGUUUACAACUUCUGGGCGACCGGCGGAGCGGAUCUUGGGGAGAAGCGGACUGGGCUGUUGGACACGGAGACUGGAGCGGAUUUACGGAUCGGACUGCUGCCUAUAGAGGACCGGAUCGAGCUCCUGCAGACGCACAUCAACAGGCUGGAGUCUCGCAUCGCCACCGACUUCGGCUCCAUCAUCCAGCUGCUGCAGCGGCGCGUGGCUCCGGUGCCCCCCGCCUACAGCCCCACGUCGCCGGGGCCCAGGCCGCCGUCCCCCGACUCCCCCGCCUCCUCCCCUCCCCCUGCCCCUCCGCCGCCCCCCGCUAGGGCCCCGCCGCACCCCCUGGAUCUCCCGGCGGAUGGUGCCUGGAGCCCAGGCUCCGUCGCCGCGACCUCCCCGCCCUGGCCGCUCACGCCGCGCAUGUUCGCCCCCCGAGCGCUCGCCGGUCCCGUACGGGUCGCGGGGGUCGCGGAGCGACAGGAGGCGUCGCCGGCGCGCUCCGCGCGCCGCUCUUCCGUGUCGUUCCGGCACGCGGACGGCGCUCGCUCGGACCGCUCCAAUCCGUCGCGCUGGCAGUCCGUCCCGAGUCUUCCAGGCACGAGCGAAAGCGCCGACUCGUCGUGACUCUGCCGCCAGUGGUCAACUUCGGAAGCCGGUCAACUCGGGAGUGGGGGGGGGGGCUUCUGGACCGCCGCUGCGAAACGACGUCGGCAAAUGAAGCGAAGCAAGAGACACGUUUUUAAAUGUCGCGUUUGACACGCCGCAACAAAAAAACGUCGCCCACGUCUAGAUGUGUACAUAGCGCAACUACAAUGUGAAUGCCUGCACAAGGGACAGGGGGGAGUUUUUGUUGACACGAAAGCCUGUUCACUUGAAUCACGGUCAUGGAUGCAAGAAGACGAGCGGAAGGGAUUGCUUAAAAUAGAUGUUUCUUCCCCCGUGAUUGUCGUUUUGUAGCCGGUCAAAAUGGCCAUAUCAUUCGAGUAUAUGACGUAAACAUUUCUGGGUUGCUCACAAAGGUGUGGGGCCGUGUCAGAGCACUGAGCCGCUGGAUUCGAGUCCAGGGCUGCCACCCAAUAUUGACUCCACGUUACUAUCGUCAAGCUGCUUUUGACAACUGCUGAUUGGACUUAACCCACUUUAGUGUUGUUAGUCGUUAACUUUUUUCGUGCAAGUUGCAUAGAGGUGGAGUGUGCCACCAGGACGCACCAAAGAUUUUGAAAAGCACACACCAAGCCACAUAGAUGUAGAGCACGGCAGGACGGACGCGGUGUCCGUGAGAAGCGUCUCCCUUGCAACGGUCAAAUGGAGGCUUCCGCUCCGCGAUUCACGACCCCGCGCCACGUGACCGCGUUCCAACUCCGUAAACGCAGAGCAAUUUCCUCUCCGUGUCGGCCCCACUUUGAUUUGUCUCCCCAUGUGGCACGGGUGCCGAGUGAAAUGCGGAGCGGGCUGCCUUCCACAGACAGCGGGCAGCACAAACCGGCACGCUUGGGGCCACGCGAUGAUCACAGCCUGGGAUGUGCAGUGGGCGUCUCUGCUGGGCAGUGGGCGCAACAUGAGUGGCAUGGGCUCUGGUGCCAGGAAAGAAAAUAAAUCAUUAAACCAUGAGUAUGUUGGGAUUGUGGCACCAUUCUUAUAGCGCAAGGAUCACAAAGUCUGCAGGCGUAUGCUACCUCGCGGCGGGGGGGGGGGGGCAAUUUAGUUGUUUUCCACACUUUGUGAUUUAUGGGUAAAUUUUACAUUUGGCAAAAUUGGACCAUGAUGCCGACACACGUGACCUGCUCUUUUAAUGAAUGUCACGUUAUCUUUAAUGUCCACUGUGAAGCAGACGGCAUGCAGUAUACACGGGCAGUAUUAACCAGGGCGCCUGUGGGGCUCAAGUGGAAAAUGCGCUACCGCUCUGCCGUGUCCGCCGCCCUGUGAAGUGAAACCGGUAAAUCUACGCCCCCCUCCUUCUUUCGUAGCCUGGUACCAGGACCCCUGUGAGCCGUCCUGUGCAGUUGCACUUCCUACGCACUCGAGAACUGCGCCACCGCCGCUGGCAGAGGGAACACCACGGCUCGGAGUUGCCCGUCAGACAGCAGCAACCGUGAACCCAUCCUAAACCACAGAUGGGUGAAGCGGAAUCGGACAGCAAAAUGUCCAGAACCCUGAAGCCUUACCCACAUCAGUAUCAAGACUGCAAAACCGCUGCAGUCAGAGAGACUAUUUGCAAUAUUUGCAAAUAUUAAAUGUCCCAGUUGGUCAAUUUGCAAAUAUUAUAAAUUGUUAUUUUAAAAAAUAACUUCCGUGUCUCAUUCACAUUUUCAUAAUUUCUAAUUAUUUUUGUUUUAGCAGAUGCAGAUUGUUUCUUAAGCCUUUCACGGCCAGGCCUGUCGAUUCUGGGGGAGCUACCGAGGCCCUCCCGUGGCAGGUCAAGAUAUUGCACGUGACGGAAUGUAGCUUUGUGUUUGCUGGUCACACACACACACAGGUGACGCGUCUGCAGCUGCCAACUCAGUAGCAGAAUAUGUUUAAGAAUAAACAUUGCACACGGAUCAGGGUCAUGCCCCUAUUAUAAACAAUUAU